AUGAAUAAAGAAGCUAUUUCACAAUCAGGAAGAGAAAUAUACGAAAGUAAGCCAGACAAUGACUCUGAUUCCAAUGAUUCUAAAGAGGAUUUACUAAAUAGUUCAGAUGAUGAUAAAUAUGGUCUAGAAGGAACA